AUGGAAGAAGGUGGUUCGAUUGGCUGUGAUCAACAGGAUCAUUUGACAAAAUCGAAACCUGUUGAUAAGACAUCAUGGGACACUGUUGAUGCACGGAUUUUGAGCCAGAUGCUGAAUUCAAUGGAAAAUCAGAUUGCAGACUUGGUGACUCAUAUUGAUACUGUUAAGGAAUUAUGGGAAUAUUUGAAUAUCCUGUACUCUGGACAGGACAACCUGUCACGUAUAUAUGAUCUUUCCCAAGCUUUCUAUGAAGUGGAACAAAAGAAUCUCUAUGUUACCCAAUAUUUUGCUGACCUCAAACGUUUGUAUGAGGAGCUGAAUUCUGUCCUUCCUAUUUCAUCGGAUGUGCAAGCGAUGCAAAACCAACGAGAACAGCUUGUUGUUGUGAUAUUUUUGGGUGGACUUCAUAAUGAAUUUGAGUCGGUGAGGUCUCAGAUUCUUGGUGGAGAUAAGGUCACCACACUUUCAGAAACUUUUUCUCGAGUUUUACGUGCUUCCCGUAAAAGCAGCCAAGAACCCACCAAUGCUGAAAAUUCUGCUCUUGCUUCUUUUCCAUCAAACCGUGCCUCUAAUGGUGGGACAGGUAAUAGUGGUGGUGGUGGUCGUGGUUAUGGGAUUGGCACUAGUAAAGCUCCCACUUCUAGUGCUUCAGAGACUUCAAGACAGGUAUUUUUUUCUUCAUUUCGUGAGUCUUCUUCAAAUGUUGUGUUGGUUGAUGGGUCUUUAGCUCAGGAUCUCAAGUCGAAGAAGACGAUUAGUAGAGGCUGUGAAUCUGGGGGGCUGUAUCUACCUAAAGACACAUCAGCGGUGAAUCAGUUUAAUACUUCAUUAAAAGUUCUUCGUAGUGAUAAUGCUAAAGAAUACUUUUCUGCUCCUUUUACUACAUUUACGGUUCAGCAUGACAUCAUUCAUCAGUCCUCUUAUACGGACACACCUCAACAAAAUGCUGAUGUUAAAUUCUUUGAGUCCACUCAAUUUGUUCAGUCUUCGUUGCCUUCUUCAGAUUUGGACGAUGAUCUGCCCGUCUCUAUUGUCAAGUAUUCUUCUCUUUUCCAGGAUCCUUUGCCAGUAGCGCCACCUCCUACGAAGCCAUCUGUUGUGUUCCACCGUCGCUCAUCUGACGAGCUGACACCUCGCAUUCCAGCUUAUGACAAAUAUAGCACCCGGGUGUUCGGAGUUGUGCCCAACAUCUUACAUCUUAUCUCUAACUUUAUGUCCUAUACUGGUUUGUCCUCUACUUUUGUUGCUUGUUUGUCUACUCUUGAACGUCAUCCUAUUCCUAAGUCUGUUGCAGAAGCCUUGUCUGACCCUGGGUGGAGGGUUGCUAUGACUGAGGAAUUAUCUGCGCUUAAGGAUAAUCAGACAUGGGACCUUGUUUCUUUACCCUCUGGUAAGUUUGCCAUUGGCUGUCGGUGGAUAUUUGUGGUGAAAGUUAAUCCUGAUGGGUUUGUGACUCGGUUGAAGGCCCGUCUUUUGGAUGUCAAGAAUGCUUUCUUAUAUGGUGAUCUCCAUGAGGAAGGGUUUACGGAGCAACCUCCUAAUGUUGUGUUGGAAUUUGGACUGACUCGGUCUGAGAGUGAUCAUUCGGUGUUUGAGAGCUUGAAGACACAUUUGGGACAACAAUUUCAAACUAAGGACCUGGGAUGUCUGAAAUAUUUCUUGGGUAUUGAGGUAGCUCAAUCAUGGAAAAGGAUUUCGCUCUCACAGCGGAAGUAUGUUCUUGUCUUGCUUUCAGAGACAGGGUUACUGGGAUCUAAACCUUUGGAAACUCCUAUGGAUCCUAAUUUGAAACUAAUGGCAGAUGAUGGUGAUAUCCUUGAUGAUCUAGAGAAGUAUCGAAGGCUUGUAGGGAAACUCAACUAUUUGAUUGUGACUAGGCCUAAAAUCUCCUUUCCUGUCAGUGUACUGAGUCAGUUUAUGUCCUCUCCUCAGACGUCUCAUUGGGAUGCAGUUAUAAGGGUUUUGCUCUAUGUCAAGAAAGCUCCAGGGCGUGGUCUUCUAUAUAUUGAUCAUGGUCAUGGGAGGAUUGAAGGUUUUACUAAUGCUGACUGGGCAGGGUCUCCAGUGGAUCGAAGAUCUACUUUAGGUUACUGUGUGUUUGUUGGAGGAAAUCUUGUUUCAUGGAAGAGCAAGAAACAAAACGUUGUAGCUCAGUCCAGUGCAGAGUCGGAGUAUCGUGCUAUGGCACAUAGCACUUGUGAGUUGGGUGGAUUAAACAGUUGA